AUAUUCGACAUGAUUUCGCAGAAUUCGCUGUUGAUGUGGGGCUACGGAGUGGCCCUCUUUGAUCUUGUCAGCGCCGUGCUCUUUUCUUUGGUCAGCUUUAAGACGAUCUGUAAACGCUUGAGUUGGCUGACAAUUUUCGCAGUUGUUUUUGGGCUUUUCUGGGUAUCGAUGAUACUGAUGCUCCUGAUUGGAAUUCAUGGGCGCAAUCCCAGAUGUGUUCGUGUCUGGAUUAUCUUCUCCUGCCUUGGAAUCCUGGUGGAGAUGUGCCUGAUUUUGUAUGCCGUUUUCAACGAGAGCUCUUUCCAACUGGGUCUGAUCAAAAAUGGAUUGUUGCUGAUGCUGGGAUUGCUUAUAGAGUGCAUUUUCCUUUACAUUGUUUACCGGUUUUAUGUAACUUUGGAAUUUUGUCAAGCCUGUCACAAAGCCAUAGAGAGAAAAGUUGUUAAACAACAUCUUACAGAGCCGCAUCGUGAACCCAAACACCAACGACAAAGUCAAACCAGAGUUCAACCCAAGAAUCGUUACCAAAUCCAACAUCCCAGAGGAAAAAUAGUUUACAACACACCAUCACAUCCCAUGAAGCUGAGUUUUCUUCAGUCUUCUAAUAGCAAUCUAUCGCCAUAUAAUUGA